AUGCACUUAUGGAUUAAAUUUAGAUUGAAGAAUAGGGAAUAUAAUGUCUCUAUUCCAGAAGCACAAUUCGAAAUAGCACAUCUCAAACACCCAAAACGUCGAAAACGCUCACUACUCUACGAUGAUCAAGACCUAGUCGACCUUAAGAAGCACUUAGACUUACGACCGAACUCUAAGAACAGUUUUAUAGAUCCCCAGUUCUUGCUGAUGAGGAGGUGGUCUAAUAGUUCUGAAGCUGUGUUAGACCAACACUCUGAUGAAGAGUUGGAUAGGUGUUAUUACAGGAGUGAUAAUUCUGCUCUUUAUAUUUGCGAUGAUGUGAGGGGUUUAGUCAGAAAUAACGACACCUAUUACUUCAUACAUCCACUACCGGAAAGAUUUCAUGAUGAUAACGCAAAACUACAUGUGAUAGUCAAAAAACAGAUCGGGGACAAAGAAAUUGAUGAAGAAGAAAAAUGCAUAGAAAGUACUAACAUACAAGCAACUAUAGGACCAGGACCUAUCAAAACAUGGAAGAAACAUAGAAGAAAAAGAGAAAUAGCUCACAAUAUAAAUAAUAAUUUAGAAGGAUUCAAACUAGAUUUAGCUCAUAGAAACAAAACUUUAACAGAUUUCAUACAGAAACUAUCGAAUGAAGGAAAGAGACAAAGGCGAGCAAUCUUACCUGCAGUGUUCGUGGAAACCGCAGUAUUCGUGGACAGAGAUCUAUACAAACACAUGACAAUAAACUUUCCUAAAGAUACAGAGAGAGAAUUAGUCAGAUUUGUCUUAGCAAUGAUCAAUGCUGUGCAGCUAUUGUACCACGAUCCUUCUUUAGGUAGGCCAGUAAAUUUUAUUCUUAAGAGACUGGAGAUUUUGCACGAAGACCCCGCGAACUUGAAGAGACCUCACGACAUAGACAGGUUUUUAAGUAACUUUUGCACAUGGCAAAGACUGGAGAACCCACCAGGGGACAAUGAUCCUUUGCAUUGGGAUCAUGCACUGAUAUUGACAGGAUUGGAUCUGUAUGUAGUAAACAAAAACGGGAAAGUCAGCAGUCAAGUUGUGGGUUUAGCGCCAGUGGCUGGUAUGUGCACUGUGACCAGCAGUUGCACGGUCAACGAGGGACGACAUUUCGAGAGCGUCUAUGUCGUUGCGCACGAGAUAGGGCACAACCUUGGCAUGCGGCACGACGGGCCCCUAGCAGAUAACGGAUGCGAUCCUAGCGCCUACAUCAUGAGUCCAACCCUUGGCAGCGGCAAGAUCACUUGGUCACACUGCAGCAACAGCUAUCUACAGAAAUUUCUCGACACAGUUCAGUCACGAUGUCUCCUUGACCAUGGCAAUUCAGCCGGUCAAUUGGACCACAGUGCCGAAGGGAUUUUACCUGGAGAACGAUUUGAUGCUGAUCAACAAUGCAUGCUGAAAUACGGUCGAGGCAGCAGACAUUCCGCUGCUCAGAGUUUGGAAGACAUUUGUAGAGACUUGCACUGUCAGAGAGAACGGUACACCUGGACUUCACACCCAGCUUUGGAAGGUACUAGGUGUGGAGAGGACAUGUACUGUCACGGUGGAGAAUGCGUGGAACGCGAAGGUUCUACCGUGGUGAGGGGAUCCUGGGGUCGCUGGUCGAGCUGGUCGGAAUGCGCUUCAGCGUGUUUGGUGGACGACACCCACGCGCCUGCUGCAGCUGGAGUCGCUUUGGCUACCAGAAGGUGUACUAGAGCGAGACACGAAAAUGGCAAAAAUUACUGUAUGGGACACGACAAAAAGUACCAAUCAUGCCACGCGCAACAGUGCAGCAAUGUACCCAGAAUGACAGUAAGAGAGUUCGCAGACCAGAUAUGUUUGAGGGCACGUGAUGUGGACCCUGAUCUCAUUGGAACUGGAUUGCAAAGGAUUGAUUCUGAUGACGUGUCUAGCGCGUGCGCGGUGUGGUGCGACACGCGCGGCGGCGGCUACAAGUCGCGCGGCUGGAGCCUGCCCGACGGCACCGCCUGCUCCACCGCACAGCCCAUGUUCUGCAUCGCAGGCGUCUGCCAGAAAUUUACAUGUUCCUCGAACCAAGACAACGAAUUCUCUCUGAGGCCAAGUGACUGCGAAUGGGAAGUUCUAAGAACUGCUACACUGUCGCCGACUCCGACAAAAACCUCAGGUACUUGGCGCCGUGCAGUGGGAAGUCAAUGGCGCCCGGCGAGUGGCUGCCACUACCACUGUAUCUCGCCAGGUUCCGGAAUCAGAUUGGUCACAGCUGCAUCACGACCAGUCACCAGCAUUCAAUUGUGUAGACCUGAUGCUAGUCGACCCGAUUCAGGCUGUACGCAAAGAAAAUCGCCAUACCAGUAUGCAACAAUGGUGUGCACCAAAUAUAAAGACAGAGUUCGACGACUGUCCGGCUUGGGCAUGCAAAUAUCUCCGGCUUUAGAGGACCCAGACCGGCCGUGUCGCAUCGCGUGCCAGGACGAGCGCGUGGCGCACCGCUUCUACCUCGUCAACGGCCACGAGGGCUGGUUCCCGCUCGGCACCGCCUGCGGCAAGAGGAACGCUUCCUACUGCGUCAGCGGGAAAUGUUUGGAAUUCGGCCCAGACAACACCCCUCUGUCGGAGAUGGUGUUCACCCUCCCCCUGCUGGGUCGUAACUCCACCACUAGAGUGAGCUGGAAGACAUCACGCCACCGGCGCAGUGUGACCAGGCGCAUUACCGUCAAAGCGAGCCUCGAUCAAAGGCACCUGGACGAUAUCAUAGCCAGUCUUAAUCUUACACAUAACGGUCGCAUACAUGAGCACGUGACGUACUUCGACUCAAUCCCGGAGCACAUCGAGGUGGACUUCACCAACCCCAUACACAUCGCGCCCGAGGACACGCUCCUGAGGAAGGUACCCAGACCUACGUGGGACUGA